AUCCUUACUUGUUUCUGAUUGGUCGCUGAAUUUUGCUCUCGAUCCUCUCGUGAUUUACUUAGUUUAUUAUCAACCGAUAUUCCGAAUGCUAUUGUAAAUGUUGUACAACAACAAUAUCAUUAUUCAUUAAUUAAUAUGAACUAUGAAGUAGGUGCUGUAUUCAAUGGUUAUACGAUUGUUAUUUAUACCUUUUAGACGUCUCACACUUGUGAAUUUAUUUUAUAAUCAUUGAUUAUUCUGAUUUCUUUUCGGUACCGUCGUGUGUUCGUGUUUGGUUAACUCCUGCAUAAUUAUACGCCAUUUACAGUAAUUUAUUUAAUUGUACUAAUAUCCCGCACUAUUUUUUUUUUUUUUUUUUGUGUGUUUGGUACAAUUUUCUUGAUAUCCAGUAAAGUCAAUAAAGUCAUCGUUCACGUAUUUAUCACGAAAAUCAUGUUGCACCGUUCUUAAAGCCUUUUUUGCUGGUAUUUAUAUUGAUCUGUGUUCUGUUCUAUGGUCAGAGUAGCUUUAGCAAUGUCGACAGUAAGAAAAAGCAAUUUACUGGUCAAAAACACUGGAAUGAGCUUGAAUGACAGGUUCACUCAAAUACAAAAGAAAUCUAAACCAGCCGUAGAAGAUGAACUUGUCAGGAAACAUCGUAUCCUAUCAUUUAAUAUGGAACGUAGACCUGAAGUAGCAGCUUCCUUAUUAUUAAAUCAGGAAUUUGUGAAUAGAGAACGACUUCGAGUACCACUUCUACCACCAUUACCUCUUCCAAGACCCGAAGUUAACAAUCGCAUGUAUAACAGUAUUAUGCAUAAUAUGAUAAGAUCAUCAGAUAGAUUAGGUAUUCCUGUUCAUGAAAGACUUAGUAUAGGAAGAGUUCCACCGAUGGAAGAUAGAAGAAGAAUAAGAAGAAGAAGAGGUCCUAAGACUAAAAUACGAGAAGCUGUUAAACUUAAUGUAAAUACAAAUGGAAAUAACCCAGGAGUUCCUAAGGUUUCUAAAUCUAAAAAGCGACAGAUAUCAAAACAGAGGGAUCAGUUUCCUCGUAAAGAACAAGUAUUUUCUAAAGAAGAUUUAGACCAACAGCUGGAUCAGUUUAUGUCACAUACCAAACAAAAACGAGAUGAAGAAUUAAAUAGAGUUAUUCAAGAACAUUCUUAACAAAUGAUGUACGAUUAAAUAUUUAUAAUUCAAUUAUUUGGCAUAAAAUAUUUUAAUUAUGUAUCCAUGGGUAUGAUAUGUUUCAAAAUAUAUAAUUAACUAUUUGUAAAACUGCCUUAUUCUAAUAACAAAUUCAAGUUAUAAUUUCUGAUUUGUAAUUGAUUUUUAUAAAUAUCAUUUAAUUUAGAAAAAAAAAAUGUAAUAGCAGUAUAAAU